AUGGAUCCGGAAGUUGAUGAUGAUGAUCUUCGUUCAUUAUCUGAACGUAUUUUACCUUUGACGUCUACAUCUUAUACAAAUCAUACAUCUCCUCGUAUCAAUAAUAAUAAUAAUAAUAGUCGUACUCGUUUAUUAAAACCACAAAAAAGUACUUCAUUUGACAAUCAAAUAUUUCAUGAAGAAACAUCUUUACCCCUAACAGCAAAUACAGGUGAUAUUAUACAAAUGAAUGAUGGUACAAGAAAAAAAUAUAAUGGUUCAUCAUGGCGCCGUAUGUGUUCGAAACCUAAUUGUACUUAUUAUACGCAAAGUCAAGGUUUAUGUAAACCACAUUUAGCUGCGUUAAAAAAGCGUAAAAUAUUAAAAAAUGAUAAUGAUUUAUCACAAACACAACAAAUUUCAUCUGAAGAAGAACAACCAAAAAAAGGUGAUAUUAUUAUUUUGCCAAAUGGUAUAAGAAAAAAAUUUGACGGACGACAAUAUCGACGUAUUUGUAAUAAACCAAAUUGUACUAUAGUUGUACAUGGAAGUCUUGAAUAUCAAAAUGGUUUAUGUCCACAUCAUUAUCAAGAAUUUCGUGGUAAAACUAAUAGUCCAUCAUUAUCUUGUUCUGAAUCUGAACAGCAACUUUUAACUGAACCUUCUCCGACUCCAUUAAGACAAUCUAUAAGUUCAUCUUCAUCACGUAAACGUCGUCGACUAAAAUCUCCAUCAUCUGCUAAUCAUUCUCAAUUAUCAAUGUUUGAUACAAUAAAUAAAAACUCUAUACCAAAACCGAAUCGUCGUUUAUCAAUAGCAGUUAUUCCAGCAUCUGUUGAUAUAAAUCAUCCAAAUAAAGGUGAUAUUAUUGAAAUGGAAAAUGGUUCAAGAAAAAAAUUUGAUGGUGUUGUUUGGCGUACUAUUUGUUCAAUACCUGGAUGUUUAAUAGCUGCACAACGAAAUGAAUUAUGUAGAAAACAUUUUAUUAAACUUAAUGGUAAACCAAAUACAGCACCAACUAUGGCUUUGAACAUUAUUGGAUCAGGAACGAUGACUAUGCCAAGAGAGAAUAGUACUUCAUCAAUUGAUGAAAAAACAGAACCUUAUAAUUCACAAAAGAAAGAAACAAUUUCAAGUAUAAAAGAAGAAUCAAUCGAUUAUGAUGAUAAUCAACAAGAAGAAACAAAUAUUGAUAAUGUAUCACAGAGUUAUAGUGCUUCAGAUGAUGAUACACAUAUUAAACAAGAUCAAUUAUCAUCUCUAAUAGAUGAAGAUAAUUUAGGUGCACAAAUAGAUCAUACAUUAAUCAAUGCACUUUCAGCUAGUCGAGAAAAAUUUCCAACAACUUUUUUAAAAAAAUGGCUACGAGAACAUCGUACUCAUCCAUAUCCAAGUAACCAAGAAAAACUACAAUUAGCUAAACAAUCAUCAAUAACAUAUGAUCAAGUAACAACAUGGUUUAAUAAUGCACGAGCUAUACUUCGACGUCGUCAAGCUAAAUUACGACAUUCAUUUGAUACUGUUGACGAUGACAAUAAUAAUAAUAAUAAUAAUGAUAAUGAUGAUGAUGAUGAUGAAGAACAAUUAUCAUAUGAAAAUAAAAAACGUUCUGAAUCUUCAAGGGGUCCUCGAUCGUUACCUUUAUUUAAUGGUAUAUGUUGUCGUUCAAUAGGUAUACAAUGUAAUCCUUCGACAGUUGAUCAAACAACAUUAACAUCAACAAAAAUAUCUGUUAUGACAGAUGAUGAACUUACAUUAGAUCGUACAAUAAGAAUUUUAACCCCAUCCAGUCGAGGAUUAACAACCAAUUAUCUUAAAAGAAAUGGUAGUCAUGAAUUUUUAUUAAAUGGUAUUAAAAUUGAAGAUGAAAAUGAAAGAGAAAAAAAAAUUAUUGUUACAAGUACUUGUCUUGAUGAUGAUCAAAUGGUAAUCAUAAUUUAUUCUUUUAUUGAACAGUGA